UUCAACUAUAAAUAUAAUAGAUUCAACUGUAGUGGUAUAAUUGAUUCAACUGUAAAUAUGAUAGAUUCAACUGUAGUGGUAUAAUUGAUUCAAUUGUAAAUAUGAUAGAUUGAACUACAAAUGUAUGAUUGAUUCUAGGUUUUUAAUCAUAAAUAUAGUAAAUGAAACUUGAUUGUUAUGAUAGAUUCUAGAAUCUAGAAUUUACAAUAAAUAUAUUUGGUUUAACUGGCAUCAAUGUUUAGAUUUUUCUCUUGCCGCCAUUUCAGUUAUUUGCAUUCGCGGCGGGAGGUGACAAAAUUUUUUUUUUGCCGUACCAGAAAUGCAUCUUGCAGAUUCGGAUACGGGUGGUAACAUGCGGGAAGCAGACGGAAGAAAUACUGGAGCAGCUAGAGGUUCAAGAAUGAUUUCUCCGGAACAAAAUUCCUCUUCGUCGACUUCUGAAUCGUCAGCUCCGGCCAUCAUCGGAACAACCACAGACUACUCGCCGAACCCAAAGCCACCGCUAGCACUCGAAAAGGAUACGAACAGCACAGCCAGCAGCUACAUUCCAGCAUUCACAGUUACUGUACUCGAGAAUUCCCAGCCCUCUCAGCUGACUUCGAUUUGCCCAUCUGUUGGCCCCGUAGAAUCAACCGUGACUGCAACCGUUCAUCAAGCUUCGCUACCGGCUGCGGCCAUCAUUAUUGGAAGGCAAGUUUCCGGUAGUUCUACCGAAGGCAACAUGCCAUACAGUGGCAACGGGGGAUCCGGUUUCCGUAGCUCCUUUAAUGGACGCGUUCCAUUCGCUCGUAUGCUUUCCAGCAACCCUAGCAGUGAUCGGCGCUCCGGGAAUGCCGGUGCUGAAAUCUAUCCUAUUUCGGCAUCUUCGUCGAUUGCCAGCUAGUGGAUCCAAAAUAAUCCAACUGAAGAAGAAGGUUUUGGUGCAGCUCGCGCUUCGGUGAUUUUAACUACCAUCACCAUCAUCAUCAAUUCCAGAAUCACCAGCCACGGUUCUCGAAUAAUCAUGGUUAUGAUGGUAAUUUUAUGGAGGUGAUGGAGGUUUAAGUUUGUUUACAUAUUAAAAUGAUAAAUUUAUUUUAAGAAAUACAAUGUUCCUACUCUUGCUAGCUUUUAUUUCGGAACCAAAAUUAAAGGUUCUGAGCCUAGUAAAAACCUAUAAAACUUCCGAAAUCUAACUUUUUUUAA